GUGAAAUGUCUUGGGUAACAAGUGUAUCUAAAGAGGUAGUAUCUUUCAGAUUUCCUUAAGAAACUCCCAAGACGUUUUCGUGGUAACUUGGUCAACUUAAUAUACUUCACCGUUGUUAACAUGUAUUUAUAUUUCGAGUAUGUGCGACAGAUUAAGGGCCAAAUUUUUGGUAUAUGGGAGUACUUGUUUUUUUGUCGAUUCUGGAACUACUUCUCUCAUCGGUGUCUGGAGUUGAGAUGUGAAUUUUUUCAAAACAUAAAAGGAGCUCAAUAAACUGUGUUUAUACUACUAGAAAUUAUACUUGGAAAUAACAGAAAACUUAUUUUGUUCCUUCUAUGCUUCUAAGAAAAUACGAAAUAAACAAUAUGAC